AUGUCCCCCAGGGAUCUUAAAAAGAAGAGCGGGGAGAUGACUGCAUGGACGCGAGUUGUGCUACUGCUGCCCUUAGCUCUACUUCUGCCUGCCGUGCCUGGGGCUUGCCUGAGCCCGCAGGAACUCUUUCCUUUCGGACCUGAGCAGGGGGACCAAGAACUGGAAUCUGGGGACGACUCCAUCUCCCCAGCCCUGGAGCUCCGCCUGAGAAUCCACUUCUAUGACAAAGACGAUGUCUCUUCCAUCUAUGUCACUACAAAUGGCAUCAUUGCCAUGAGUGAACCUCCUCUUACAGAAGUCACUCCUGGUCGAUUCCCACCUUCCUUUGGAGCUGUUGCACCCUUCUUGGCUGACCUGGACACAACAAAUGGUGGAAAGGUUUAUUAUCGGGAAGAUUCUUCCCCUGCUGUUGUCCAGCUGGCUUCAGAUUGUGUCCGAAGAGGUUUCCCUAAGGUCUCUUUCCAACCCAAGAGUGUGGUGGUGGUCACCUGGGAAUCCAUGCCUCCUUACCAAGGGUUACAAAGAGAUCCAAUCCAAGAAGGCAAGAGAAACACAUUCCAGGCUGUCCUAGCUUCCUCCGACUCCAGUUCAUAUGCCAUUUUCCUUUAUCCAGAAGAUGGUUUGCAGUUCUAUGCCACAUACUCCAAGAAGGAUGAGAACCAAAUUUCUGCUGUGGUUGCAUUUAGUCAAGGUUUAAGGGGUUUCUUAUGGAAAAGUGAUGGUGCCUACAACAUAUUUGCUAAUGACAGAGAGUCCAUUGAAAAUCUGGUCAAGAGCAGCAAUGCAGGACGUCAAGGUGUCUGGGUUUUUGAGAUUGGGAGCCCUUCCACUGCCAGUGGUGUGGUGCCAGCUGAUAGCAGCCUUGGACCUGAUGGUGCAGAAUAUGAAGACGAGGAGGAUGAAGACUAUGACCUGGUGAGCGUGUCUGAGAGGUCUCUGGGCUUUGAGGAUGUGGGCACCACAAUUGACCCCUAUGACAUCCCCAGGAGGGGAGAUGAAAACACAUAUGAUGUGUUGAAUCCCAUCUCACCACGUCAUGCCAGUUCGGAGAGACCACCUCUAGAAGAAUCCAUUGUGGAGGGUCAGUACCCGGAUCCUUCUACUAGGGGAACCAAGUCAUUCCUGUACCCAGCUGAGAGAUUUCCCCAGCAGGUCAUACAUGUGGAUGAAGUAGAGGAAACAGGGAUUGUUUUCAGGUACAACACUGAUUCUCGACAGACUUGUGCCAACAACAGAUACCAGUGCUCCAUUCAUGCAGAAUGCCAAGACUACGCAACAGGUUUUUGUUGCCGUUGUGUUGCUGGAUAUACUGGAAAUGGUAGACAGUGCGUUGCAGAAGGUUCUCCCCAACGAGUUAAUGGCAAAGUUCGAGGAAGGAUCUUUGUAGGGAAUAGCCAAACUCCAAUUGUCUUUGAGAAUACUGACCUCCAUUCUUAUGUUGUGAUGAACCAUGGGAGAUCCUAUACAGCAAUCAGCACCAUUCCUGAGUCCCUGGGCUAUUCUCUAGUACCUUUGGCUCCUGUGGGAGGCAUCAUUGGAUGGAUGUUUGCUGUGGAGCAAGAAGGAUUCAAGAAUGGAUUCAGCAUCACUGGGGGAGAAUUCACCCGUCAAGCUGAAGUGACUUUUGUUGGGCAUCCGGGCAAGAUGGUUAUAAAACAAAAAUUCAAUGGCAUUGAUGAGCAUGGUCACUUGACCAUUACUACAGAAUUGGAUGGACGAGUCCCUGAGAUCCCAUUUGGCUCCACUGUCCAGAUAGAACCAUACACUGAACUCUACCAUUAUGCCAACUCUGUUAUCACAUCCUCUUCCACCCGGGAGUAUAAAGUGAGUGAACCUGCUCAAGGCGGAAUCUCUUCUUCAAGGACUUAUACUUAUCAAUGGAGACAGACCAUUACCUUCCAGGAAUGCACUCAUGAAGAUCCCCCACAGACUCUUCCUCCCACCCAGCAACUUUUUGUGGAUAGUGUAUUUGUCCUAUACAAUAAGGAUGAGAAGAUCUUGAGAUAUGCUUUGAGCAAUUCAAUUGGUCCUAUUGGAGAUGGCUCCCCUGACUCCCUUCAGAAUCCUUGCUACACAGGUACCCAUGGUUGUGACACAAAUGCAGCGUGCCGCCCAGGUCCAGGAAAUCAAUUCAUUUGUGAAUGCUCCAUUGGCUUCCGAGGAGAUGGACAGAUUUGCUAUGAUAUUGAUGAAUGCUCAGAACAGCCAACAGCCUGUGGAAGCAAUGCUGUCUGCAAUAACCACCCAGGAACCUUCCGCUGCGAGUGUAUUGAGGGCUAUCAGUUUUCUGAUGAGGGCCUGUGUGUGGCUAUUAUCGAUGAUCGCCCUAUCAACUACUGUACAACUGGUCUCCACAACUGUGACAUCCCCCAGCGGGCACAGUGUGUGUACACUGGAGGAUCCUCCUACCACUGUUCCUGUUUGCCUGGCUUCUUAGGAGACGGGCAUGCCUGCCAAGAUGUAGAUGAAUGCCAACAAAAUCGUUGUCAUCCAGAUGCUUUCUGUUACAACUCUCCAGGCUCCUUUGCUUGCCAGUGCAAACCUGGAUAUGAGGGCAAUGGUUUUCAGUGUGUGCCAGGAGAAGUGGAGAAAACCAGGUGCCAGCGUCAAAGAGAACAUAUUCUAGGAGUUGUGGGUGCCACUGACCCAAGACGGCCCAGACCUGUGGGGCAAUUUGUUCCUGAAUGUGAUGAACACGGGCAUUAUGUACCAAUGCAGUGCCAUCACAGCAGUGGGUACUGUUGGUGUGUGGAUCGAGACGGCAAUGAGAUUGAUGGCACCAGGACCGGCCCUGGAAUGAGACCCCCAUGUUUGAGCACAGUUGCUCCUCCAGUCCACCCUGGACCUUCAGUUCCUCCAGCUGUAAUCCCUCUCCCCCCUGGGACACACUUACUCUUUGCCCAGACAGGGAAAAUAGAGCGUGUCCCACUAGAAGGAAAUAAUAUGAAGAAAACUGAGGCCAAGGCUUUACUUCAUGCUCCUGAUAAAGUUAUUAUCGGACUUGCCUUUGACUGUGUGGAUAAGGUGGUUUACUGGACAGACAUCAGUGAACCUGCCAUUGGGAGAGCCAGCCUUUAUGGUGGGGAGCCAACAACUAUCAUUAAGCAAGGUCUUGGAAGUCCAGAAGGACUUGCACUCGAUCAUCUAGGUCGCAACAUUUUCUGGACUGAUUCUCAUCUGGAUCGAAUAGAAGUAGCAAAGCUUGAUGGCAGCCAACGCCGAGUGCUCUUUGAGACAGAUCUGGUGAACCCCAGAGGGAUCAUAACAGAUUCUAUUAGAGGAAACCUUUACUGGACAGAUUGGAACAGAGAAAGUCCUAAAAUUGAAACUUCCUACAUGGAUGGUACCAACCGAAGGAUCCUUGUGAAAGAUGACCUGGGAUUGCCCAAUGGAUUGACUUUUGACACUUACAGUUCACUGCUCUGCUGGGUAGAUGCAGGCACCAAUCGAGUGGAAUGCAUGAACCCCAGUCAGCCUGGCCAGCGCAAGACACUUGAAGGGCCCCAGUAUCCUUUUGCAGUUACAAGCUAUGGGAAGAAUUUGUACUACACAGAUUGGAAGACGAAUUCUGUGGUGUCGGUGGAUCUCGCUAUCUCCAAAGAAACGGACAGUUUCCAUCCCCACAAACAGACCCGGCUGUAUGGCAUAACAACAGCUUUUUCUCAGUGUCCCCAAGGUCACAACUACUGCACAGUGAAUAAUGGAGGCUGCACUCAUCUCUGCUUGGCUACCCCUGGAAGCAGGUCCUGUAGGUGUCCUGACAACACCUUGGGCGUCGACUGCAUAGAGAGGAAGUAACACACUGGAAACAAGAAAAGAAAGGAAUGCCACUUACAUUCACCACAUUUUCAACUACAACACCCUACCUUGAAAUGGGCCAGGCUGAAACCAAUCUUUCAGAGCCAAGUUGUAAUUGACCCAGUGACCAACACAACUCGGGACCUCUAGUGUUCUCUUUGCCAUUUAAAAAAAAUACGUCCUGUGCUCUCUGUAAUAGGAAAGUCUCAAUCCUUACACUAAAACUUCAAAAUCCUCUUGGUUUGGAGAAUCCUGGAGAUGUGGGAUGAAGCCCUAUAACUACGUUGUCCAGUUUCUUGAGUCCCUCUCAGUCCCUUGAUACACAACCAGCCUGAGUCGAUUUAGGAAGAAUUAGGAGGUUUAUCUGUGGUGGCUUCCUACCUCCCAUCCAGGUGCUCUCUUUCCCAUGUCACUGUCUGCCCCCUCUAGUAUACCUCUUCUGACACAUUCAGAUCAUUCAUAUUGCCAAAAGCCCCCUACUGUUAUGUCUUAUCUAGGCCCUUUUUGUCUACUCUUAUUCCUGGACAAAUAAAACCUUGCCUAUGCUCCUUCCUAUUUUCCUGGGAAUUCUCCUGUUAAGGAGUUUAUGUCACUUGUCCCCAGUAAGAUAUUAGCAUUUUAAAAGUGAUGUGAGGUAGACCAGGCCUUAACCCAAAUGAAUGAAUUUAAAAGUAGAUAUUUUAAUCCAACAAGAGAGCUAUUUAGGAGUAGGAGGAUUCUUUAGCAUCUCUCAAGCCAUAUCAAUAGCUACUUAUUCUAAGGCAUCUAAUCACUUGUAGGACUACCAGCAAUAAUCCAAUAUUCCAAGACCAUAGAAUGUAAGAGCUGGAAAGGGUUAUCUUGGGUCCAACCGUCUCCUUUUACAAAUGGGGAAACCGAGUCCCAGAGAGACUCCAUAGGCAACAGUUUAUCUCUUGUUUCAACACUUUACACAAAUGCUUUAACACCAACACCAGGAAAUAAAUGCUUUGGAGAUCAUCUCCUCCCAUACCUGGUCCUCCAUCUUAGCAGACUAACUUUCCUCAUGUUUAAAACUCCCUUCAGAUCUUCUUUUCUUCCUAAUUUGAUUCCUAUGAUGUCGAGUGCCUUAUCCAGUGUCCUCACUCAUAAUAUGGAUUGGUCCUUACUGGCCUUCCAUAUUCUCAUUCUUAAAGGGCUAGUUCUGUCUUCUCAUUUUAGGAGAAAAGUUAUAGCACUGAUGAUGCUUCAGAAAGAGGCAGAGGACUAUGAGAAGUAGUGGGGGAAGAUAUGAAUGGUCUCUGUUUUAGUAUAUGAUGCUCAGUGGUUUGGACAUCCCAGGUGGCAUCCCAGGAAAUGUAUGGCCAUAACAUCUUAACUCAUCAUUUAUUUGGUACCUACUAUAUGCUUAUCUCUGUUAGCAUUGUGUUGCACAGAGAUAGAAAGUACUUCAUAAUUAAAUUUUAUUCCUUUUAAAGAACCUAAUUUUUAAUCAUUGAUGAAGUCUUAUUAAAAGGUCCCAAAUUGCCCAGAAUAUAGUUGGUGCUUAAUAAAUGUAGAUUUAUUGACUGCCCCACUUAUUUUUUCUAGGUAUUUUCUGUGAUUGAUGAAAAGAUGCUCUUUUGAGUUGUCUGAGUAGCUAGCAUCAAAGGCCAAUAGCUAAUACUGUUGUAGAAAUAGAGGUCCAAAGCUGAGCUUUGAAGGUGAAGGGUUUUGAUAGCACAAAGACAAGAGAUUUUUUAAAACUGAAAAGGAAAGAUAGUGAUUGAUUAAAUGGCUUUAGGGGAAAAAAACAGAAAGACAAAAAGAAUGGGAGUUAAUAGUAUCAACAAAGAGAAUUCUGUAAGUUCUGAGGUAAAAAGAUCCAUGUGCCAAAGAAUAUUUACACAUACACAUGCAUGUGCACACACACAUAUAUUAAUACCUCACCUGGCAAUGGAAUGGAAGAUAAGAAGUUAAGUGCCAAAUGAAUAGGACCAUAAGUUCUCUAUGAGUCCAAAGAAGACAAUGAACUAGUUUGUUCAGGAAAGACUUCAUGGAUGAGGUAGAACUUUCUGUGGGACAUGGAGAUAGCUAAAACUUGAAUAGUGAGGAAAGGCAUAGAGUUGAAAAUUUAUAGAGUUGGGGAUCGGUACAGUGUAUUUGAAAGAUACUCAGUGGAUCAGUGUGAAUAAAACAGAGUUUGUAUAAGAAAGAGAUUUGUUUGCAUAAAAGUUUGUAUAAGAAAGUAACAUGAAAAAGAUAGCUUGGUAUCAGGUUGUAGAGAGCCUCAAAAGCCAAGGAAAGUUACUUGUACUUUAUCAUGUAGGUAAAGAAGAACCUUCAAAUUGUUAGGGGUUUUUUCUUCCUCUGAAAAGGGUAGUGAAGUGAUAAGUUAAUGGUAUUAAAGAUGAUUAAUUAACUAAUAAAUCCUACACACUACAGUGGUGCUGGACUUGCAGGGGGAGGGGAAUAAGUAUAAGAAAGAUGAUUGCAGUAUCCCAAGCAUGAUGCUAAGACCCUAGACCAAGGGAGUGUUAUUUGUCAGCCUUUUAAGAGAAGGAAUUCUUGAUUAGAUGUAGAUUGGACUGGAUGACCUCUGAAGUCUCUAAUAAUUGCUGAGAGCUAUUUUCAGGUUUUAUUUUAAUAACUGUAUUAGCUAGUAAAAGCCCUGGGGUCAUUUUUCUGUUUUUCACAUAGAGGACUCCUGAAGACAAAGAAAACAAACAAAAAAACAACUUUUAAGACUCCAAGCAAUUAAACUGUAAUGGCAGAAUAACAAACGUGUUUUUUUUCCUGCUGUUGGAGGUCUUCAAGCAAAGACAGGAUGGCCAUUUUUUGAGGAUGAAAUAGAUGAGAUUCAUACCUGAGGUAGAGGUUAUACUAAAUGAACUUUGAGAACUGCUCCAAUCCUGCAAUUCUAUAAUUCUGUGAUUUUUCCUUCCAAAGAAUGGCCUUCCUGCACCAUCUCCGCUCUAUGCUUACUCUAAUUCCCAACUCUUUUCCCCUGUCUCUUCCUCAACUUCUAUAGACGAAGAAACUUGGGACCCAGGUGAGGUGAGAACCUUUCCUUAAACAUAAUAAAUAUAGUUGUAUUUUGUGAUGCAAGUAAUACAUCUCCAAGAAGCACAAGACCGGGGAACCUUUUGGUCCCUCUGGAAGUGUUGGGGUUGAUUUAAGGCCUAACCUACAGAUGAGAUUCCUUUUGAUUUAUACUUAUCAGAACAUAUCCAGCUCUAUAUAAAGUGUUCUUCAUGAUUUUAUGUAACAUUUAUAACUUCAUUAUAACAUUCAUAUUUUAUCAGACACAUUUUUCAAAAAGAAUUUAAAAACUAUCAAUUCUAAAAAAUGUGCAGAAUAUUGAAGGUGCUUAAUAACAGUGUUCCCCCAGAUUUAUGCAAUUAUCAGGUGAUUCCCUAAAGUUUACAUUUGUACCAGUAGUAGUGCAGAAAAUAAUAAAGUGGUUUUUUUAUAAAAAUAAAAAA